AUGAAUCUCCAGCUGCUAACCUGCCUUCUGGUGGCAUUGGCCCAUGCUGUCAGCAGUCAAGGCACCUAUGAAGACUGCUGUUUGAAAUAUACUAAGCACAGGAAACCUGCCCUCUUACGGCACAUCAGGCACUAUAGGAUCCAAGAGGUGAAUGGGAGCUGUAAUCUUCGAGCUGUCAUCUUUGAGUUUCGGAGGAAGAACAACGUCAUCUGUGGCAACCCUGAUGAAAAGUGGGUUAAGGAUAAAAUCAGAGAGCUGCAAAGCAGAAACUACUGGGCCUACUGGAAGCUCAGAGAGGAAAUCAAGAAGGACCAUGGAGGAAACAUCAGCAACUCAACCAGGCUCUUGGCCCAGGGUGUCCGGGCUCAUCAAGCACAUCGUGCUGGAAGGAACCAGACGAAGGUGGAACGUGUCUCAGGAUCCAUGAAGUUCGCCCCUACUCAGAAAUCUUCCCUGGCUCCCUAG